CAACAGUGCAAAACUGCUUUUUCUACUGAACGCAACCACUGAAUACUAGUAUACCUAUACAGGUGCUACUACUAGAUGACUUGAUCUAUUUGGUCUGAUUUGGUCUUGAUGCUCAUUUCUCCAUACGUUAUAUUUUUCUCCAAAUUCCCGUCCGCCGCCGAUGCGAGAAUCUUUUUUUUGUAAAAACGUGUCAGUUCUCCACGAGGUUAAAAGCAUGCAGCAAUUCACAUCUGCCGCCUAAGAAGACGUACGUAACGGAAAAGAAAUGGCAUCCAUUUCUAUUAAAGCUGAUAAGCAUGUCGGUGGUGAUCAAAGGGAGAACGAUUUAUUAACGAAUUUGUCCAUAAAGGACAAGCACUACAACUUAAUUGAUGAAAGAGGGGAUCAUGAUACAUCGAAGCUAAAUGCACAAAAUGUUACAAAAGAAUUGAUUGCCAAAGAAUCUGGACGCGGAAUAACACAAUCAGAUUCUCAGUCAGCAACACAGUCUUCGUGUACAUUAUCGAUAGUGAGCACAGAUGACAAUCGUGGUAAUGAUGAUAACAAGAUGAAAAGCACCGAAUCUUCUGACAAUGAAAUGAUUCUUAUUGAUGAAGAUUCCAAUAUCCAGAAUAAGGGAAGUAACAUAGGCAAUACGGUAAGCGAACUAAGGGAGUACGAUCCUACGAUUGAUGAGAGAUUGCCAGAAACUGUCACAUUAUUGACCACACCUGAUGGAGGAAAGUUGUACUUAGUAGGAACGGCACAUUUCAGUGUUGAAAGUCAAAAUGAUGUGUCAAAAAUUAUACAAGCUGUGCAGCCUCACAUAGUUGCAGUUGAAUUAUGCAGAGCCAGAGUUGGUAUACUACAACUUGAUGAGGAAAUUUUGUUUGGCUAUGCUAAGAACAUUGAUUAUAAAACUAUUAUGGAUACCAUUAAGAGAGAAGGACUGUAUGAUGGCUUACUACACAUUUUAUUGCUAAGAAUGGCAGCUCAUGUCGCCAAGGAACUUGGUAUGCCACCCGGAGGGGAAUUCCGAAGGGCAUUUGAGGAGGCAAAGAAAGUGCCAAACUGUAUUAUUCAUUUGGCUGAUCGACCAAUUAACAUAACAAUGCAACGUGCGAUACGAUCAUUGUCCUGGUGGCAAACUAUAAAACUAGGAUGGAAACUGGCAGUAAUGAAAGAUUCUAUUACUCAAGAGGACGUCGAACUCUGUAAACAACGAUCGAUGUUGGACGAAAUAAUUGCCAACAUGAAGGAGAAGUUUCCAGUGUUGGGAGAAGUGUUUGUGAAAGAGAGAGAUAUUUACUUAACUAAUUCUCUACAGUUAUCAUGUCUGCCUCAUUGUGUUUUUAAUCAUUCUUACGAACCAGCACGUGUCGUAGGAAUCGUCGGUUUAGGACACACACCCGGCAUCAUUGAAAAUUGGGGUAAAGUCAAGCCUUCCGAUAUACCGCCUAUCAUGAGAAUACCACCACCAUCGUUGUCGGGUAAAAUUUUGAAGCAGACUGUUAAGGCAUCUGUACUUGGUGUUGUAAUUUACAUAGGUUACAGAGUUGUAGCGGUACCCGCUGCUAUCACGUUCCAAUCUCUUAAGUCAUCGGUUCAGGGACUUCUACAGAUUUGAAGUUAACAAGAAUUUGGUAUAAACUAUAAAUCGAUCAUAAGUCAGAAAAAAAUUAUAUAAUAAGAUAAAACUAUAUGUUUUGAAAUUAAUAUCACAUACAAUUAAAGAGAAUGUCAUAAUCAAAAUUAUAAACAAGUUUUAUGAUACAUACGUAGAUAUGUGACAGAUACUGAAUUUAAAUUUUUAGAGAAAUAUGUUAUAUACAUUUAUAUAUAUAUGAAUAAAGCACGCUUCAAUUUUUAUUAAUUACCGUCAGUAUAUCUCAGUCGUUUCCCUUGCACAUUAAUCAAUGCUUCUCUCUACAAUUUUUAUUUAUUAGACGAAAGUGCUCAGGUAGAAGCAAGACAUGCUGUAUAUGUUCAUGUUAUCCAAUAAUAUUUGAUGUUACUCUCUUUUAUUUGAUA